AUGGCGACACCUAGAAACAAGGCGAGUUUGGACGCGGAAAAUGUAGCCAAUUGUGGUUUUGAAUGUAAUCCCAUCUUCAUCUACCCACACCAGUCUUUACUGGAGCGCUUUGAGGAGACUCUGGCUGAAGCAGCCCAGGAGGAAGACUCUGAAGCUGAUUAUGAAGGGACAAACCAAGACCCUGAGCACAGCCAGGCCAGCCGAGAAUGGAGCCUGGACCAGGAGGGAGACCAAGGACCUUUGAUAUCAGAAAGAUCUCAAUCACCAGCUGAGGGCCACAGCAGGACAGCAAGUCAGAGGAGCCACCUGCAGGACCUGCUGAUGACCACCAGGAAAAGGACCUCUAGCUGCUUUGGAGCCAGGAUGGAUCGAAUAGGAAACGCUAGUGGUCUGGGAUGUAACAAUGGAAGAGGGUAGCCUAACAGUUUCCUGGGACACAUGUUGAAUUAUACUUUUAUCUCCAACUGAAGGCACAACCCAAGAGAUCGGACAUGUAUGAUUUUGCGUUGGUGACACUCUUCUAUGUAUUUCUUUGUUUGACGUGGCAAAUGUGCAGUACCCUGUGUACACAUAACACAUAAAUGAAACAAGUUAAUUAUAUAACUGCAUGUGGGUUGCUGACAAAGAUGAAUAAACUCUUUUUUUCAUUGGA